CCAGACCCACUGUGCCCAGCAUCCAGCAGGCGGGUGCGAACACUCCGGGUGAAGGAAGGGAGGAUGCUGUUGGUGCACCUUCCUAAGCAGAAACGAGGAGGCGGCGGCGGCGGCGGCUCGUUGCUCACGAUAUGUGUAACACACCGAGUUACUGUGACCUAGGAAAGGCUGCCAAGGAUGUGUUCAACAAGGGAUAUGGGUUUGGCAUGGUCAAAAUAGAUCUGAGAACCAAGUCUUGUAGUGGAGUGAUGGAAUUUUCUACUUCGGGUCAUGCUUACACUGAUACAGGAAAAGCAUCAGGCAACCUAGAAACCAAAUACAAGGUCUGUAAUUACGGACUUACCUUCACUCAAAAAUGGAACACAGACAAUACUCUUGGAACAGAAAUCUCUUUGGAGAACAAGUUGGCUGAAGGGUUGAAACUGACUCUUGAUACCAUAUUUGUACCGAACACAGGAAAGAAGAGUGGGAAAUUAAAGGCUUCCUAUAAACGGGAUUGUGUCAGUUUUGGCAGUAAUGUUGAUAUAGAUUUUUCUGGGCCAACCAUCUAUGGUUGGGCUGUGUUGGCUCUUGAAGGUUGGCUUGCUGGCUAUCAGAUGAGUUUUGACACAGCCAAAUCUAAAUUGUCUCAGAAUAAUUUUGCCCUGGGUUAUAAGGCUGCAGACUUCCAACUGCAUACUCAUGUGAAUGAUGGUACUGAAUUUGGAGGCUCUAUCUACCAAAAAGUUAAUGAGAAGAUUGAAACCUCAAUAAACCUUGCAUGGACGGCUGGCAGCAACAAUACUCGUUUUGGCAUCGCUGCUAAAUAUAAGCUGGAUUGCAAAACUUCUCUGUCUGCCAAAGUAAAUAAUGCCAGCCUAAUUGGACUGGGCUAUACUCAGACCCUUCGACAAGGAGUCAAAUUAACCCUGUCAGCUUUAAUUGAUGGAAAGAACUUCAGCGCAGGAGGUCACAAGGUUGGGUUGGGAUUUGAACUGGAAGCUUAGUGUGGUUUUGAGUAGCAUCAAAUCUGUCCCUGGAAGUGAGGAGAAAUGAAUCCACUAUGUUUUAGCCUUAAAAAUCUGUGAAAUUUCAGAAGUGUGAACUUUUUAUUCUUCCAAAGAAUUGUAAUCCUCCCUACACUGAAGCCUAGUGAUUACAAGUCCAUCCUAAGGGACGUCCUUGAAGGCAUGCCUGGAAGUUGUCACAUUUGUGCCACAUUUCAUUUGAGUUCUGCAGUGUUAAUUUAAAUGUGUUCCUCAGCCACAGCAACAGUAACGGUGUAGUGUCAACUUGAAGAAAAAGACCCAACCCUCCAGUUUGUACAUCAGGUCCUGCAUGUCCCACCCCCACUUUUUCCAUGACCUUUUAUUAUAUUGGUCUGUGUGCUGUAGUGGAAAUUUUGGUUUCGCAUCAGAGUAAAAUAAAAUAAACCCAUCACAUUUGGAACAUAA